GGACACUGGGACGAAGGUGGUGGCUGGGCACUGGGAUGGUGGCAAACACCUGGAUGGUGGUGGGCACUGGCAUGAUGGUGGUGGCGGGUACUGCAAUGGGUGUGCACCAGGAAGGUGGCGGGCACCAGGAUGGUGCCGGGUACUGGGAUUUUGCCAGGCACCGGUAUGGGUGGGCACCAGGACGAUGGUGGGCACCAUAGCAGAUGGGUCCCAGGCUGGAUGCUGGCACUGGCACCAGUGGGGCCACCAGUACUGGUGGGCACUGGGAUGGCGAGCACAGGAGGCUGUGGGGAGCCCCAGGGAAGGAGAUGCGCAGGAGCACCCCUUCGGCUCCACCUCACCCCGGCUCCCGGAAUCCCGUUAUUCCCCCGACUCCCCCUGCUGCUCCCAGCCCUGGGGGACAGCACGGAGCCCCACACCUCGCGGGGCAGAGCCAUCGCGCCGCGCCAUGAAUUAUUGAGGCAGGUAGGAGCGUCACCUUGGCCCCGCGCCACCCGCGCCCUCCCCAGGGUGCCGAGGGGUGGGAUGGGUGGGACGGCUCCGGUUUCUGCCAAGUCAUGGCGAUGCCAGGAGACCUUUGAAGCCGGCCCGUCACGUGGGCGCCGGGCAGCCCUUAAGGUGCACCGACGGGCGGGCAGGAGAAGCAGACGAGCGCCCGCAGCCAUGACCGUCCCCAUCGCCAAGUCCUUCUACGACCUGAGCGCCACCUCCUUGCAGGGGGAGAAGGUGGACUUCAACGUCUUCCGGGGCCGCGUGGUCCUCAUCGAGAACGUGGCGUCCCUCUGAGGCACCACCCUGCGGGAUUACACCCAGCUCAACAUGCUGCAAGCCCGCUACCCCCGGCGCCUGGUGGUGCUGGGCUUCCCCUGCAACCAAUUUGGCUACCAGGAGAACGGCACCAACGAGGAGAUUCUCAGCAGCCUGAAGCACGUCCGCCCGGGGGGCGGCUUCGAGCCCAACUUCACCCUCUUCCAGAAGUGCCAGGUGAACGGGCAGGACACCCACCCCGUUUUCGCCUACCUGAAGGCUCACUUGCCGGCGCCGGCCGACGAGGCGGAACACCUGAUGACCGAGCCCCGUUUCAUCACCUGGAGCCCCGUCCGGCGUUCCGACAUCUCCUGGAACUUCGAAAAGUUCCUGGUGGGUCCCGAAGGGGAACCUUUCCGGCGUUACAGCGCCCGAAUGCCCACCGCCCAGCUGGAGCCCGACAUCCAGCGGCUCCUCAAGCUGGCCAAGUAGGGCCGGCUCCAGUGUGUCCCCCCAACACCGGCCGCAGCCCCCCCAGGAUGGCUCCACCUCUCUGCCAGGUGACAGCCCCCUCCGAAACCGCCACGGGGAGGGGGCUCGAUGGGGGCAGAGGGAUGGAGCCACGGGGGCGGCGCGGGCUGGUGGCAAUAAACGAGCCGGAGGGAGCGUGCCCGCGUCCGCGUGGUUUGUGGCGGGGAGGCGGGGGCAGAGUUUUGUGCCGGGGACGAGCCGUGGGGCGCUGGAUCCAGGAAAACGGUGGCGCAGGGAUGGAGCGGUGCCAGGCCGGCGGCACCCAGCUCCCCGCAGGUGUCGCUGGGGCUGGGUGCCAACAGCAGCACCCCACCCCAAGGGAGGGAUUUUUUUGGCACCCGGCUCCUUCCCGUCCGAGAAAACAC